GGUUUCUUGGACAGCACCUUCCAAACCCACAAUCUUUACCAUCUAGAAGAACAACGGCAGGAAAUACAUGACAACACUAUCAUUGCCCCUGCAAGACAAAUCCAAUCCUAACAUAGUAUUGUACCUUCAUUCCACUUGUAUCACUGUUCCCUCAAUGCCAAAGUCCUGGCACUCCUCCCCAACAUGACCAACAUCACCACCCCUCCCAGGCAAAGAGUAAUGGGCAAUGAAUGUUGGCCUAGCCAAUGACAUCCAUGGCCUGUGAAUGGAUUUAAAACCCAUGGCUGUUUUGGUUUUGGCCUUAACUUCACCUUACUGAGAGGUCAGUUUUGAGACAAGGCAUGGCAGAUUUAAAAGGGAGAUAGAGAGAAAUUAUUUCUCGCAAAGGGUCAUGAAGCCGUAGAAUUCACCACCCCAGAGAGCGGUGGAUGUUAGGACAUUGAGUACAUUUAAGGAGGAGAUUGUCAGAUUUACUUAGUAAAGGGUUAAAGUGUUAUGGAAAAUGAGCAGGAAAGUGGAGUUGAAGCCGAGAUGAGAUGAGUCUUGAUUAUAUCAAUUGGUGGGGUAGGUUUGAGAGGCUGAAUAGCUUACUCCUGCUCUUCGAUGUUAUGUACUCAGACACCCUCACCCCACAUUCUACCCCCACUUCAAACUCUAAGACUCGCUUGUCGGUCAAAGCUCUGUUUAACUCAGCCUUCAGCAUAAUGAGUGAAGCAGUCUCCAGUGUCUCCUGGGAUGGCUAAUUCCAAAGAUUAAGAGGAAAUUCCAAAAAUUCGUCUUCACUUCAGUCUUAAGUGGGAAUCCCCUUAUUCUAUCACAUUAUACAACCAACAAAGAACAUACCACCUCUCACAGCUUUAUUCAGAUUCACUUGUCACUUUCUCACCUAUUCUCUACAUGUUUGUUUUACCAUGCCUGACGUUAUGUUCUGUACAGGUUUGGUUGUUAUUUUCCCUUUGCCAACAGGUCAAUGGCAGAGCAUAUUUUAUCUACAAUGAUGCCGCCCCAUUCAUGCCUUAUGACAUGCAGCACGGACACACAAAAGGGGUUCUGCUGUUUGACAAAUCCCAGGGGUUUUGGCUGAGUCACAGUGUUCCACAUUUCCCACCCUUUGCCAACAAGCGGUAUUCCUGGCCUUCGACUGGGAAGAUGUUUGGACAGAUCCUUUUCUGUUUCACCUACAAAUACAGACAAGUGAUGGAAAUUGGAAGGCAGUUUUUAUACUUGAACCCACGCAUCUACAACUGGUCUCUCCCUGACACCUUCCUGCCUGAACUUUCAGACCUGCAAAUCGCUGCAAAGGGGGGCAGUGUGUCCAAGUCUCCAUGGAUACGUCACACUGUGCUGACAUCCUCGGCAGGACUCCAGCUUCACAGCUUCACUAAAUUCAAGCGUUUUGGAGAUGAUAUUUACGCAGCCUGGGUUGCUCAGGAUCUGAAGACGGAUUUGUUGGCACAAACUUGGAAUGGCACCAAGUACCAGCUCCCUUCGAACUGCUCCCUCCCCAAACACGUCUAUAAUGUUGCCAGGGUCAAAUUGCCAGGGCCAGCCAGCUUUUACUCGGACGAUGACCACUCCAAAUGGUGUGUGUCACUGCGUUACCAUGAGCAGUGGGUUUGUAUCGGAGAUCUCAAUCGGUCAGUUGGUCAAAUGUGGAGAAGUGGGGGCCUUCUCUGUACACAGCAUCAGAAUAUUUACCAAACUCUGCGGAGGUCGGUCUCCUGGUACGUUAACUGCACAAUCUCUCAGUAGUGGAAUGAGAGGACAGCUGACACCAAGUGAAUCACAGAGCAAACUGGAGGAUCAACAGUUUACAACCUUCUGGGCUCAAUACUGAACUCAAUACAUUCAAAUUGUGAACCCGUUCCUUCCUUUUCUUACAGCUUUACUUGUUAUGUUCUCUGUCACCUUCUCUCCCCACCCCCACCCCUGUGGGACUGUCUGUUCUUUCCAGUCUGACAGUUAGACACACCAUUCUGCCAAUC